AUGCAACCGAGACGGCGGCAGGCGCGGGUCGGAACCCCCUGCGCCGUCUCCUCCGCCGUGCGCUUCCCCAGCGUCGCCAUCUACUUGGCGGAACCGCGCAUGGGCCGCAGCCGCCGGGCCUUCCUCACGCGCCUGGCGCUGUCCAAGGGCUUCCGCGUGCUGGACGCCUACAGCUCCGAGGUGACUCAUGUGGUGAUGGAGCAGACCUCAGCCGAGGAGGCCGUCCGCUGGCAGGACAGCAGGCCGGCCCCUCCCCCAGGUUGCACCCGCCCAGCCCUGCUGGACAUCAGCUGGUUCACAGAGAGCAUGGCAGCUGGGCAGCCGGUCCCGGUGGAGCGCCGGCACUGCCUGCAGGUGGCUGUGCCGAGGGAGGUGCUGCCAAACCCAAUGUGGAUGCCACUCUAUGCCUGCCAGCGUCCCACGCCCCUCACACACCACAACACCCACCUCUCGGAGGCGCUGGAGGUGCUGGCAGAAGCUGCGGGCUUUGAUGGCAGCGAGGGCCGCCUCCUCUCCUUUUGCAGAGCAGCCUCCACGCUCAAGGCACUGCCCUGCCCCGUCACAACCCUGAGCCAGCUGCAGGGCCUGCCCCAUCUCGGAGAGCAUUCCUGCAGGGUCGUCCAGGAGCUGCUGGAACACGGCGUGUGUGAGGAGGUGGAGCGAGUUCAGCGUUCAGAGCGGUACCAGAGCAUGAAGCUCUUCACCCAGAUCUUCGGGGUCGGAGUGCGGACUGCUGACCAGUGGUACCGGGAAGGACUGCGGACGCUGGACGAUGUCUGGACACAGGUGCAGAGGCUGACACAGCAGCAGAAAGCAGGCCUCCAGCACUACCAGGACCUGAGCACCCCUGUCCAGCGGCCGGACGCCGAGGCCCUGCGGCAGGUGGUGGCAGAGGCUGUGGGGCGGGCCCUUCCUCGGGCCACCGUCACGCUGGCUGGAGGCUUCCGGAGGGGGAAGCUGCAGGGCCAUGACGUGGACUUCCUCAUCACCCACCCUGAGGAGGGCCAGGAGGCGGGGCUGCUGCCCAGGGUGAUGGGCUACUUGGAGCAGCAGGGCCUCAUCCUGUAUCAGCAGCAUCAGCGCCGCCCCAGUGGAGACCCUGUCCGCCAAGCCCCAAAGGGCUGCUCCAUGGACACCUUUGAGCGGAGCUUCUGCAUCUUCCGUCUGCCGAGGCCCCCAGGGACCACCGAGGGGGGCACCCCGAGUCCCCACCCCUCCUGGAAGGCUGUGCGAGUGGACCUGGUGGUCACCCCCAUCAGCCAGUUUCCCUUUGCCCUGCUGGGCUGGACGGGCUCCAAGCACUUUGAGCGGGAGCUUCGCCGAUUCAGUCGGAAGGAGCGGGGUCUGUGGCUGAACAGCCAGGGACUGUUUGACCCAGAGCAGGAGACCUUUUUCCAAGCGGCUGCCGAGGAGGAUGUCUUCAAACACCUGGGCCUGACGUACCUUCCCCCAGAGCAGAGAAACGCCUGA